AUGGGAAAUACAUCAUCAAUUAGACCAAAGACCGGAACUCCCGGUCUAAGUCCACAUAUUAAACACAUCGUGGUGCUUGUAAUGGAAAAUAGAUCAUUUGACAACAUACUUGGCAGGUUAAAAUGGGACAACUUAAACCCAAAGGUCAACGGUCUCACAGGAUUUGAAUACAAUGUAAUGAAAAACGGGGAAACUAUUAAAGUUUCCAAAGGCACUAAUCCUGCAGGUGGAUUUAAUCCAGGCCAUGACAUUUUGCCAUUCACUGAGCAGAUUUACGGUGCAGGUGUCAUCAAUGCCAGAUUUUUGGAACCAACCAUGUCGGGGUUUGCUGAUCAAGCAUUUCAGGAGAGUCAUCAGGACAUGGGUGCCGUAAACCAGGUUUUCGAGUCAUUUGGACCAGACACUCUUCCAGUAACGUAUGCUCUCGCUCAAGAAUUCGCCGUCAUUGAUGACUGGUUUUCUUCUGUUCCAGGUCCUACUUAUUCAAACCGGCACUUUGUACAUUGUGCUACUGCUUCUGGCCAUACAAUCAACGAUGGCAAUAUUCGGGGGAUCGGAUGCCGUACCAUUUUUAAAAACUUGGACGAGCAUGGAAAUUCAUGGCGCGUCUAUGCAGACUCUGCUCGAGUUAGCACUCUCCUCUAUCGAGAGAUGAGAAAUCCCAAACGACUGGUUAAGCUACGAUCCACUAGUCGAUUUAAAAAGGACGCUGCCACUGGUGAUUUACCUCAGUAUUCUUUUAUCGAUCCAGACUAUACUAAAAACGAUAACCACCCUCCAAACAAUUUGUACAAAGGAGAAGAAUUUAUCAAGGAGAUCUACGAAGCAAUUCGUAACUCGCCCAAAUGGGAACAAAUUCUAUUUCUGAUAACAUAUGAUGAGAAUGGUGGUUUCUAUGACCAUGUCAAGCCACCUACUGAUGUGCCCAUUCCUGAUUCAAAACCGCCAAAGCCAGCACAAGGUGACUUUAAUUUCGAUCGCUUAGGACCACGAGUUCCCACCAUUGUAAUCUCACCAUAUGUUCAAAAGGGUGGGGUUUUCAGAUCAAAUGUACCAGGAAGAUACUUUGAGCAUUCAUCAAUUCCUGCUACGAUCAAAAAAGUAUUUGGUUUGCCAAACUAUUUAACUCCUAGAGAUAAAGCAGCAAUGACAUUUGAUUUAGCUGCAAACUUACCAUUUCCAAGACAAGAUUGUUUGCGGUACCUUCCCAACGUUCCAACUUGA